UCUUUCCAUUUUUUUGACCAAACUUUAGAGAGAUAACCUUAAGAAUAAGAAUAAAAUCUAGCAUUUUACUGUACUCCAAUUCUUUCAUAAUCAAGGCAGUUGACGGAGUACGAUACCCUAUGAAAAGUAAUAUAUCAUUAAUAAAAAGUAUCCAUUUUAAUUAAUUAAUACUAAUGGGAAAUAAAAGAAACAAAGCAUAAUCUGGGGAUUUGAUUUCUCAUUGGAUAAGACUUUGGAUGCAUUUGCAGUGGAUCUGACUACUUGACUAGCUGACAAAUUUUAAGCUUUCUCAAAUGUGAAACUUUGACUCUCUUCACUUUGUUUUCCAUCAGAAAUGAAUGUCCUGAAUAUUAUGUAUGUACGUUUCAAAAAAGUUACCAUGUAAUUUUGGACGUUAUGAAAUCCUCAUAAUUGUGAGUCUUUUUUUUUGACAAUCAUAAUUGUGAGUCUUUAUCUCUAAUAAACCCAAUUUCCUUUUUCAUACCUACAUACAUACAUACACACUAUUCUGAUCCUCUAUAUAAGUCACAGCUGCACACACACUUAGCUCCAACAAACACAUUUGAAGCAAUGGAUUCUCUUCCUUGGCUCAGUCUUUUCUGUCUUUCAUUUUUCCCUCUUUUAGCUUCCUCUGCCUUGCUCUUUCAGGGAUUCAACUGGGAAUCAAGUAACAAAGGAGGGUGGUACAACUCUUUGAAGAACAACAUUGGUGAUCUAGCUAAUGCAGGAAUUACCCAUGUUUGGCUCCCUCCUCCAUCUCAAAGUGUUGGUCCUCAAGGGUAUCUUCCAGGAAGGCUUUAUGAUCUUGAUGCAUCAAAAUAUGGUUCAAAAGAUGAACUGAAGUCACUAAUUGCAGCUUUCAAAGAUAAAGGAAUCAAUUCUGUAGCUGACAUUGUGAUCAACCACAGAACAGCAGACAGAAAAGAUGGUAGAGGAAUUUACUGUAUCUUUGAAGGUGGUACUGAAGAUUCAAAACUUGAUUGGGGUCCAUCUUUCAUUUGCAAAGAUGACACUGAAUAUUCCGAUGGCACUGGAAAUAAUGAUAGCGGAGAAGGAUACGGAGCUGCACCUGAUAUUGAUCAUCUUAAUCCUCAAGUACAAAAAGAGUUAUCUGAAUGGAUGAAUUGGCUCAAAACUGAAAUUGGAUUUUCUGGUUGGAGAUUUGAUUUUGUCAAAGGUUAUGCUCCUAGCAUAAUGAAAAUUUACAUGGAAAAUACUAAACCAGAUUUCGCUGUUGGAGAGAAUUGGAAUUCCCUUUCUAAUGGACAAGACGGAAAGCCUAACUAUGAUCAAGGUGAAGCUAGAGGUCAACUUGCGAAUUGGGUUGAAAAUGCGGGUGGUGCUAUUAAUGCUUUUGAUUUUACUACCAAAGGAAUUCUUCAAGUUGCAGUACAAGGUGAACUUUGGAGGUUGAAGGAUUCAAAUGGAAAACCACCUGGUUUGAUUGGUAUAAAACCAGAAAAUGCUGUGACAUUUAUCGAUAACCAUGAUACAGGUUCAACUCAGAAACUUUGGCCUUUCCCAUCUGAUAAAGUCAUGCAGGGCUAUGCUUACAUUCUAACACAUCCCGGAACACCAUCAAUAUUCUACGACCAUUUCUUUGAUUGGGGACUGAAGGAUCAGAUAGCAAAAUUAACUGCAAUUAGAAAGCGGAAUGGCAUCAACGAAAAAAGCACGGUGAACAUUCUAGCAGCAGAUGCUGACGUUUAUGUAGCAAAGAUAGACAACAAGGUUAUUGUGAAGUUAGGACCAAAGACUGACGUUGGAAAUCUUAUUCCUCCAAAUUUCCGUGUUUCUGCAUCUGGCCAAGACUAUGCUGUAUGGGAAUGACUUAAUUGAGUGCAAUUAAUAUUAUGCACCACUGAUCCACUCCUUCAUAUUAGACAUGACCUUAUCAUAAACUAUAUACAUAAUGUCUUAACUCUUAAGUAACUUUAAAUUUGUAUUUCCCAUAAAAUAAUAAUUGUAUGCUGUAUGACUGGUUUUUGUCCAUGAUGUAUUAUUUCAGUAAUAAGAAUUUACUUAACAACUCUAA